GAAUUAGUAUCUGAUUUAACUUUGUAUCUGUCGGUUGGUUGGUUGGCUGGUUAGCUAAAAUUUCUAGUGUUCCGGUCAGUUUGAGAGACGUCCGUUGACGCUGUUUUAACUAAUUGCGAGUGAUCGAGUGUUGAUCGUGCUGCUUGAGAGUAAAUGACAGUUACAUACAAUUAAUAACAGCCAGCAACAACGAAAUUUGCUCACAUAAUAAACAACAAAAACAAAACAAAAAAACAGCAGCAGCAACAACAACAACAACAACAGCAGCAACAGCAGCGUAACCGAUUGUGCAGAAAAUUAUCUACCGGUGUUGUACGCGCUACGGAAAAAAUAUACAAAUAAGUCCAAACUCAUCGUCGAAGACAAAACAAUGUGCCGGCUGCCGAGUGAAGUACGUUGAGGAAAACUGAGGAAAAGCCAACGAAAAAUUUGGACUUAUUUGCGAACACAUUGAACAGCAGCUUAGUUUUAUUUAAGUGUUAUUUAAGUCAAUAAAUUAAAGUUUGAAAGUCCCAGUAGGCAUUAGUACUGCUCGCCCAUCCAGUUCAGCACCAAUCCAACCACAACAUACUAGUACACCACACCACCCGCCCAAAAGAUACUCACCACUCAUACAUACAAUUUAACUGCAAUUAUCGCCACGCUACACUACCACUACUACCACCUACCUAAAUACAACAAAAUAUUACAACAAACAUAGAGUAACAAAAGAUGGGCAAAGAUUAUUAUAAAACACUGGGUCUGCCGAAGACUGCCACCGAUGAGGAGAUCAAAAAAGCCUACAGAAAAUUAGCAUUACGCUAUCAUCCGGAUAAAAAUAAAGCCGCAAAUGCGGAGGAGAAAUUCAAAGAGGUCGCCGAAGCGUACGAAGUGCUCUCCGAUAAGAGUAAACGUGAAGUUUACGACAAAUAUGGCGAAGAGGGCCUCAAGAGUGGAGGUAAACGCAAUGGCACUAGCGGCGGUAAUUCGUUCACAUAUCAGUUCCAUGGCGAUCCGCGGGCGACCUUUGCACAAUUCUUCGGCUCCAGUAAUCCGUUCGCGUCCUUCUUCGAUAUGGGCGAUAAUCUAUUCGAUAAGAAUGUGUUCGAUUUGGAUACCGAACAUGAUUUCUUUUCGUCCCCAUUUGGCGGUUUGGGUUCACGGCAUGGACUCGGUGGCUUCAGACCUUCGUUCAGGUCGCAUUCGUUCAAUGUGCAUACGCCCUUCAAAAAGGAGAAACAACAAGAUCCGCCCGUUGAACAUGAUCUCUACGUAACAUUGGAGGAAAUCUAUCAUGGUUGUGUGAAAAAGAUGAAAAUAUCAAGGCGAGUCGUACAGUCGGAUGGAUCGUCAAAGAAAGAAGAUAAAUAUGUUAGCAUAUCGAUUAAGCCCGGCUGGAAAUCCGGUACGAAGGUGACAUUUCAAAAAGAAGGCGAUCAAGCACCCGGCAAGAUACCAGCGGAUAUUGUUUUCAUCAUAAGGGAUAAGCCACAUGCGAUGUUCAAGCGAGAAGGCAGCGAUUUGCGGUACACGGCGCGCUUAACGCUCAAGCAGGCGCUCUGCGGCGUAGUCUUCCAAGUUCCUACAAUGUCCGGCGAUAAGUUGCGUAUCAGCACCAUGCAAGAGAUUAUCAAACCGAAUACGGUGAAGCGUAUACAAGGCUAUGGUUUGCCCUUCCCCAAGGAUACAUCGCGAAAAGGCGAUCUAUUGGUGGCAUUCGAUAUACAAUUCCCGGAAAAGUUGACUGCCGCGCAAAAGGAAUUGCUCAGGGAUAUGUUAUGAUGAGAGAAAGAAGCAAAAGCAAAAG